AUUCGUGGUUUUAUAGUCUGGUGGAUAUUAUCUGGUUUUAUAUUUUUUAUUUUGGCCCGAAACUCAACAGCCCUGCGUCCACGAUCCUCGCGCGACGUGGGCGCGUCUGGCCGAGAUAUCCAACAUUUUCCAAAACUCAAUGCCGGCGAACUGCAAACCAAAAACCUUAUUGUGUUCUAGCGAUAAUUAGAGCGGUGUCUUAUUUUCUCCUUCUUCGAGUACUUCCGUCUCCUGAAUCUGCAGAGCGCUUGCUGAGUGCUGGCCGUUCAUCAAUUAUCACCGUCCUUCUGCCACUUGCACUUUGUAUAUGUAAUAUAAGGAGCAAAGGUGCCAAAGAGCCCUGAGUCAUGGUGGUUUCAGCGUUCAGAGGCGUUGCUUCUGCUCGUCUGCCUCUUUUCCAUUUUUCUCAGUUGCCUGGUACAGGUACGGGUCCUUCAAGGAAGCUUCAUUGUCGCUCAAAAGGAUUCUCUCUUUCUGCUCGACAUUCACAAGCACCAGAUAUUUUUUCUCUUCACAUCCAAGAGGGCGUUGAAAAGUUGCCCAAACUAGUUGAGGAUAUUGUCCAGGCAUCUAUAAACACAGGUCCCCAGGGGGCUCUCAGGCUAGCUCAAGGCAUUCAAGCUGUUAUUGGGGUUGGUGGUGAAUGGCUCACUGAUUUAUCAAAGCCAACGAAUACGUCCACUGGAUUACAAACUCAAAUGCAAUUUGGAUUGCUUUCUCCUCUUUAUCUGAGGAGGUUAUUUGAACGAAUGGGGGGAACCUAUAUUAAGUUGGGUCAGUUCAUAGCAUCCACACCUACGUUGUUCCCACCUGAAUACGUCCAGGAGUUUCAGAAUUGUUUUGAUAGAGCUCCUGUGGUUCCUUUUGAAAAUAUUCAAACAAUUUUGCGUGAGGAGUUAAAGAGACCAAUAGAUAGUGUUUAUGAAUAUGUUGAUCCAACUCCAAUUGCCUCAGCAUCAAUCGCACAGGUUCAUGGUGCUAGGCUCAAAGGCAGUCGAGAGGAUGUAGUUAUAAAGGUCUUGAAGCCUGGAAUAAAGGAAAUAUUAAUAGCAGAUCUAAACUUCGUGUACAUUGUUGCUCGUAUUUUGGAGUUCUUGAAUCCUAAACUGGACCGCACAUCACUGGUUGGUAUUGUCAAAGACAUUAGGGAUUCGAUGCUUGAAGAAGUAGACUUUAAUAAGGAAGCUGCAAAUAUUGAGUCUUUCAGGAGAUAUUUAGAAUCCAUGGGACUCACAAGGCAGGCAACAGCUCCAAAAGUAUAUCAGCAGUGCAGCACCCGGAGAGUUUUAACAAUGCAGAGGCUUUAUGGAGUACCUCUUACUGAUCUAGAUUCUUUAACUUCACUUGUUUCAAGUCCUGAAACCUGUAUAAUAACUGCCCUUAAUGUGUGGUUUGGUAGCUUGCUUGCUUGUGAAACCUUCCAUGCAGAUGUACAUGCAGGGAAUUUGUGGCUGUUACGGGAUGGGCGUAUUGGGUUUCUUGAUUUUGGAAUUGUUGGACACAUAUCUCCUAAAACUUGGGCUGCUAUGGAUAUGUUUUUGGCAUCAAUUGCUACUGAGGAGUACGAGUCAAUGGCAUCUGCCUUAAUUGAAAUGGGUGCUGCAAACAAGGAUGUUGAUGAUAAAACUUUUGCAAGGGAGUUGGAAAAGAUUUUUUCUUCAGUACAGGAUUUGGAUACACGAGUUGUUGUUGCAACAGCAAGGGGGAGAGGUACAACUGGAACUGCUGUCUCUGCUAAUCUCAUGGUUGAUGAGAGGCAGAUGAAUGUACUGUUUCUUGAUGUGGUUCGGGUGAGUGAAUCAUAUGGACUCAGAUUUCCAAGGGAGUUUGCACUUCUCAUGAAACAGCUUCUGUAUUUUGACCGAUACACCCGCUUGUUAGCACCCAAUUUGAACAUGCUCCAAGAUCAGAGAAUCACCAUUAUCUCAAAUCGAAGGGGCAGAGGUAGAGACAGCUUCUAAUAUAAAUAUAAACAUAAUUUUCCUUGCCAGCUGGUGCUCCAGUGGCUUUGGUUUUGUAUAUAUGUCGAAACAAUUUCUGAAAGAAAUCAAAAUGCUCACUUCCAUAGAAACUCUUGGUAGGAGCAUUAAAGAAUGCAGAGUGUGCACCAUGGUAGGAAGUGUUUGUAUAUAAUUCCUCUUCUGCUCCAGAACACGCCAUUACAAUCUGAAUAUUAUUUUUUAUGGCAUCUUAUGAUUGGACUUGUA